AAGCUGUGAAAUGAAUUUGAACAUCACUUCAUCGAUAUCGAGUAAAGCGCUCCUAGAAUCAUUGCAUGUAUUCUGUACAUAAUUAAUAGACUUCUAAAAAAAUUUUACCCAAAAAUAUGGACAGUCCUUAGAAAAAAUUUGUACGCUUUAGCUUGGCGUACUUUAAAAAUAUAUAUAUAUUGAUCUGAAAAUCCAUUUAUUUAUUUGGCGAGACCGGAUUCUGCAAAUCUGUUAAAUUAUUAAUUUAAUUUUAUUUGACAUCAUUAUUCGUCACAUAAACGCGUGUCGUUCAAAACUCAUGAUGCCUUCAGUUUAGGAAUUCAAUUAUAAAAGCAAAUUAAAAAAGACAACAGACAAAAGUCAUAACAGAUACGCGCAAACAAUGAAUAUUAAUUAUAAAAAUGAGGCCCAUUUUUUGAUUUAUCAUUUCCGAAUAUUAUUUUGCCUAUUAUAGUUUUUUAAUAGCAAGUAUAAAGCUAGCGUCUUUCUAAAUCAACACAACAAUGCUUCGUACAUCAGCUAACUAUGAAAUGACGCCAAAUAAGGUUAAUAUUUGAAAGAAAAAUUAAUUAAAAUCAUUUAAUAAAAUCGGCAAACAAAAAUGAUACAAAAAUAACUAUUGUUAUUCACACAAAUAACAAAAACAAUUGUCAUUAAACAAAAAAGAUGAGAGACGAAUUAUUGGCUAGCAACAAAACCACAAUUAUGGGAGAGGAGGACAAAAAAGAGCAUUUGAUUAGAAUCAGAACAGACGAAUGAAGCUUCUUUCAGAUUAGAAGAGGAGCUAUUUAGUAUUUGCAGAGCAAUAUUAGAGAGAGGCUAUCAAAAUAAAUGAGGGGAUCAAUUUUUACUAGAAACAUUAGCAACCUGUGAUUAAAGAGGAGCGAAAAAAGAAUUUUAAUUUCAUACUCUUUCUCGGUCGAGAUGGCUAAAGAUUAUGUGCAUUAUUGUUAAGUGGGACACUAAAGACAAGACGGAUCAACUUUACUCUUAAUUAUUCAAUUCCCUCUUCAAUAAAACAACCCCAUCAACCACCACCCACCACCCAACAACCCCGUCGCAACAUCACCACAUCACAAUCAACUCGAGAGAAAAACUCGAACGGACCCCUGCACCGCUUUCUCAACACUUCGCUAUUCUAUCAUAGUCCCCCCCUCACCGGCCAGACGCCGUUUGUUCAAAAUCAGCCGGAAAAAGGAGCCAGCAAAUAGCAAUAAACUCGGCAUCAAACCGGAUCAGCGGCCUCUUAAUUUCCGGCUUUCAUUGCGACACACUACACACAGGAGUUACUCUCAACGGCAGACCCGACCUCAUCCAGAUUAAUUACUUCAUCUCAUUUCUAUUCUAUUGUCAUAAUAAUAAAAUUCCACAAAAUCCUCCAAUAAAAAGUAAUAAAGCGAACAGAAAAAAGUUCAUUUGAUUCACUUAAAUUAAAACUUAUCAUUUUUAUUUAGGAAUCGGUCGAGAAAUAUUUUCUGAAAUUAUUAACAAAAAACAGCGAUUUGAGCAAACUUUCAGCAAAAGUUGUUUUUAUUCAUUUUUUCGCGGCUAAUCCGUAAUUAAUUAAUCAACAGCGGCGCCCAUUCAUAACGCAUCACAAGUCUAAUCGAAUAAUUGCUUUUAAAUCCUUCGAUUAGUCGCUAUUCCUCAAUUGAUUAGUUUGAAAUGACAGCUCUGUGUCCCUCUCCUCAAAAUAACAACAAUAAACAAUCUUCACCCGGAAUAGUAACAGCGAAAUUGGAACCUUCCGAGGAUCGACAACACAUGUCAUUUCAGUUGACCCCCACCGGUGAAAAUCAAGACAGCCCCCUAUUAAUCAAUCAGCCCACUAAUCCCGCCCAAAUUAAAAGCCCAAAUCACAUGAAUUACACCCGCUAUCCAACUCUAAACCCGUCUAAUUGUUUCUCAUUAAUCGAUCAUCAGAAUCAAUUCUCACUUUUAAACAGCGCAUCUUUUCCAACAACUUUACAAAACUUUCAGUUUUCGCAUUCCAACUCAAAACCAACUUCGCCAAAAACGGCAACUCAAACGUCGCCACUUGGUCAUAGCGUUUCAACAUCCGUGGAAAACUCGCAGAAACCAGUUCCUAACAAUUUCAGCAGAGAACUCCUUGAAAUGUUUUACAACUACAAUGCUUGUCGCUAUGGACCUCAAUUAACUUCAGGGUUCCAUAAUAUGGCCAAUUCCGAGGUCCACACAUCUGGUCAUAAUACUAUGCCCUUCUCCAAUUACCCAAUGGGAGGUCCGAUUUUACCCCAAAUUCAACAAUGGGCUUCUAAUUCCCCAGUAAUGAAUGCAGUCUCAGCUGCAUCAAAUAACCAAAAUUUAGAUUCACGAUCUGAUAGCAACUCGCUCCUAGAUCAGAACGAUUCGGUAAUUUCGGCCCAUAAAUCGGAAUAUGUUAACAACCGAUACACUAUUGAUAAAAUCCUGGAUAGCACCACUUCCUCAAAAGAUAAAUCCAAAAGAAUCCAACUUGAUACAAAGAGUUCGAGCUCUGCUGCUUUGAAGGGAAAGAAAGAAAGAGAUUUGUCGUCAUCAACUUUUGAUUCCAAGGAUUUCCAGGUUCACCCACACAACAAUUCGCUUUUCCACCACCAGCAAGCGGCAGCAGCCAGUUUGAUGCUGACUCAACACGCCCAGGCUGCUCUGAUGCGACAAUGGCAACAGGGUCAAAUUUUGAACUUCGGGCAGGCAAAGGACUCAGAUCAAUUUACAGAUGGAGCUUCACGUCCGCUACCACUGUUGAAUAAAGACAACCAAAUCCAGAUGUCCAUCCCGACAUCAAACCACGGCUUCUCUCUGGAUCCCUUCAGUGGGGCUAACUUCAGGUCAAACCCAGGCCAGCCACUUGACCUCACUCCAAACGACGAAACAAACCCAUUGUCUCUUCUCAGUUCAGGAGGGGACAAUGACCCUAACUUUGGGGAGGGCUCUGGCGUGAAUAAGAAGCACACUCGGCCGACAUUUUCAGGACACCAGAUAUUUGCUCUGGAGAAAACGUUUGAACAGACUAAAUAUCUGGCUGGACCUGAGAGAGCGAGGCUCGCAUUCGCACUUGGCAUGACUGAAAGCCAAGUCAAGGUGUGGUUCCAGAACAGACGCACCAAAUGGAGAAAGAAACACGCAGCUGAAGUGGCUUCGAACAGAUUCAAACUACAACAGUCCAUUUCAUCCUCGAACAACCCCCACUCAGUCGGUCACAUGGUGGGGGGAGCAUCCGACCUAGACCACGACUGUCCCCCCAAUACUCUCAACCUCACAUUGGGAACCGAAGACGAUUUAGAUGACAACUGUCUUUAUAGCGACUCAGAUUAAACAAACAAACAAACAAACAUUUUGCUUUACAUUCACGUUUUUGGACAUAAAUAAUAAAAAUUUGAAAUAUGUGUGAAAACAUAG